AUGUCACUUAAAGAUCAAUUUUCUUUUGAUUUAAAAAUGAUUAUUGAUUUAUACGAAGAUAAAUUACUUUCAUUUGAUUCUAAUUUAAAAAUUUAUCAAUUACUUAUAGCUUCUACAAUAUUAGAACAGAAAAUUGGAUUAUAUAAACCUAAUAAUCCAUUAGCUCUUGAAUUAUUUGAACUAAAAUAUAUGAAUUAA